UCAUAAAUAAUUAAAUAUCCCCCAUUCCAUUUUUCUCCCAUCCCCCCCUUCAAUGGCGGUCACUCGUCGAGCAAUCAUUUAGCCAACGCAAAAUAGUUCAAAAUCUCUCUCUCUCUCCCUCUCCCUCUCCCCGAUGACGAUGAGUCUGGUGAUUGGUGUGCCGGCGGGUUUAUCGCUUGUUGGCGAUGCUGUUUCGUUGCGCAGUUCGAGGAGACAUGGCGGGAAAUGUUCGUUACUGAUGGUCAAUCGGAGAAGGAUGGCUCUAGCGGCUCUGAUCGAGGCUAGGCCGAGGGAAGACAGAGCUAUGGCGGCGGCGGCGGUAACUCCUUCUCCGCCGACGGCGGUUGUGAGGUACCGGCUAACGGAUCUCGCCGAUGAUCUCCAAGCGGAGGCGAGAGCCUUGGCUCGUGCUGUUGAUGCUUCUGUUUAUUCUCCCAACCUUCUAGCUGCGGAAUACGGCUCCAAGCCCAUAAAGGCUUUGAAUAGAAGCUUGGAGAUUUUGGUAGCUUUGGGUGGGUUCGCGCUGAAUUUGGGGAUUGAUCAAAGAAACGGGAAGCUGCAGCAGAACAUGAGGAAGAGAGCAGCUGAGCUGAGACGGAUUUUCACUCGUUUGGGUCCUACUUUUGUCAAAUUGGGUCAGGGAUUGUCCACCCGACCCGACCUCUGCCCACCCGAUUAUCUCGAAGAGCUUGCAGAGCUUCAGGAUGCUUUGCCAACUUUCCCUGAUGCAGAGGCAUUUUCAUGUAUCGAGAAAGAGUUGGGUUUGUCUCUCGAUUCCAUCUUCUCGUCUAUCUCUGCAGCACCAAUUGCAGCAGCUAGUCUAGGUCAAGUUUACAAAGCCCAGCUGAAGUAUUCGGGCCAGGUUGUUGCAGUGAAAGUUCAACGCCCGGGAAUAGAAGAAGCCAUCGGGCUUGACUUUUAUCUCAUUAGAGGUGUCGGGACCCUCAUAAACAAAUAUGUAGACUUCAUCACGAGCGAUGUUGUGGCCCUCAUAGAUGAAUUUGCCGGCCGGGUUUAUCAGGAGCUUAAUUAUGUCCAGGAAGCUCAGAAUGCUAGGAGGUUCAAGAAACUGUAUGCUGAUAAGGCAGAUGUUCUUGUACCUGACAUAUUCUGGGAUUAUACAAGUCGCAAAGUGCUAACAAUGGAGUGGGUUGAUGGUACUAAACUGAACGAACAAGAUGCCAUUGAGAGGCAGGGUUUGAAGGUUUUGGAUCUCGUGAACACAGGUAUUCAGUGUAGCCUUAGGCAACUCCUGGAGUAUGGCUUUUUCCAUGCCGACCCUCAUCCUGGCAACCUCUUGGCAACACCUGAUGGAAAACUUGCCUUUCUCGACUUUGGAAUGAUGAGUGAGACACCGGAGGAGGCUAGAUUUGCUAUUAUCGGUCACGUUGUUCACUUGGUUAACCGUGAUUACGAGGCCAUGGCCCGUGAUUAUUAUGCUCUCAAGUUCUUAGCUCCUGAUGUGGACGUUUCUCCUAUUGUACCAGCACUGCAGAACUUCUUUGAUGACGCUCUUACUUAUACCGUCAGCGAGCUCAAUUUUAAGACAUUGGUCGAUGGUCUUGGUUCUGUCUUCUAUCAAUAUCCGUUUAAUGUCCCAGCUUACUACGCAUUAAUCUUGAGAUCGCUAACAGUGCUUGAAGGUUUGGCCCUCUACGCGGAUCCUGAUUUUAAAGUUUUAGCUGCUUCAUACCCAUAUUUUGCCAAGAGGCUUCUCACAGACCAGAAUCCGUACCUAAGGGAUGCCCUUAUCGAGCUUCUGUUCAAGGAUGGAAAAUUUCGGUGGAAUAGACUUGAAAACCUUCUACAACAGGGUAGCAAAGAUAGGGAUUUUUCGGCGGAAGAUGCUUUACAACCUGUUCUAAAGCUGCUUCUGGAUCCAAAUGGCGAGGAGCUCAGGGUUUUGGUAAUCAAAGAGGCUGUCCGCGUUAGCGAAGCUGUUGCUCUGGGCACAGUUGUUGAUACAUACAAUUCCGUUCCUGAAUUUUUGAAAUCGCUAAUCUUUAACGGGAAUGGAAAUUUUAGUCCUCUUCUGAUGACCAGCUCUGAAAUCCAAAGCACGCUAGAACUUCGGGAUCAGGUCUUUAGGGUCUGGAGGCUUCUUCGUUCUUCCGAAAACUUUGAUCCAGCCCUUUUGCAGCCGAUAUUACAGGUGUUGCAACAGCAGGAGGCAAGAAAUCUAGGAGGACGUGUGGUAGGGGGUGUCAGCCAACGUCUAGCGGCUCGGUUUCUGCAACAACUGCUUCGAGCCACAACACCAUCUUCCUCUCCCGUCUCAUAGGUCUCUUCUUUCUUCACACUUGAUGGUAAAUGUAUAGUAGUAAAGGCAAACAUGCCCCGGCAACUACAGGAUCGCUUCAUGUUCUGGUGAUAGUAUCAUUCUUUUUCUAUUUGUCACCACCCACUACAUCUGAAAACUACAGAAUUGUAUCUAAAAGAAAGUAUUACAGAUUCUCACCAUGACAACAGUUCAUUUCUCUAUCUGUA